CGGACAUACUUCGAAAAUAGAAACUAUUACGAUCCGGAACUGCGCGCGCAAUUGCGCAUAUCUAUUUUUUAAAACGUCAUUGUCAGGAAGUCCAAUAAAAUAAGCUAUGGAUGGCAAUGUAAUAAAGCAAGAAAGUCCUACUACAGAGGCUGAGCAAGUGCCGUGCUUGCUUGAAGAUACAGAUAUAUUUGAACAAACUGAGACGCCAGAUGUUAUAAGACUUUCUCCAGUGCAAAUACAGCAGGAGUAUUUUGAGAAUUUAUCAGAUUGUGAUUGGGUUAAAUAUGAGGAAAGUAAUAGGAAUUACUUACUACAAAAUGUAGCAUUUGCUCUAUUUGGUGGCCCUAGCUAUGAAGGUGAACUAACUGAUCUGCUCAGUUCACAAAAUGCCCACUUGGAAGGCUAUACAUCACGGCAAAGAGCACAAGUAAUGAAAGUAUAUGAAAAAUUGUGCGACCAAAGUAUGUAUUAUAGUCUGCAUAAAUUAUAUUUAUUGCAUUAUGUAACAUGUAAAAAUAUCACAUGAGUUUUGUUUGGUUGAAGAGACAGAUAGAAGGAUUAUCUGUAGCUUAACAAGGGUUUAUCUAUAAAUUGCUAUAAAACACAUUUUUGGUCUUUCCCUUAAAACCAUUGUUUUAUAUGACAAUUAGUAAUAAUUAUUAGAUUUUGCCAUUAUACUAGUGGCCCCAGGGGACCUCUAGUUGUGACAUGUAAUAGUUAGACAUAUGGUAUUCCAGACUUUUUGUUAGAAAUUGGUAUCCUCUAUAAAAUUUUAAUACAUCACUUUGCUCUAUUGUCAAUGACUUCCGCAGCAAUAUAAGGCUACUUUUUGGUAUUUUUACACAUGUUGGGUUACAUUAUAGAAGUUUUAUACGGAACCCUAACUUUUUUGAAAAUACAUUAUAGCCUAUAUUAAUCAGUGUUAAUGUAGCAUUCAAAUGGUGAAAGAAUUUUUAAAAACCGUCUAGUACUUUUUGAGCCAAUUCAUUACAAACAUACUUACAUACAAAUCUUUCCUUUUUAUAAUAUUAAUAUAGAUUGUUAACUCAAUCUGUCUUAUUCCAAAAGGAGAAAUAAAGUUAGUCUUGGUAUACACCUAAUGUUGUCCCUGUCUUCUUUUUAGCAAACAGAAAAAGUGACAGCAUCCAUUUUAUUUCUGGUUUUACUUUAGUCUAUGUUUUGUAAUAAGGUGGAAUUAGUUUAAUAAAGUACAGUGUAAUAAAACCAAAUUUUGCCAAUAAUACAAAAUAAUAUAGCAUUUCAAAAAAGAAUCCUUUUGAGCCUUGGUAAAUAAGAACAUUGAAAUAUAUUUACAGGUAAAUAUUCACAGAACAAUGAAGAUAUUGUUAUGUCAGUACUGUUAGUUGUAUGUGCCAAACCAAAACCCGUAAAAUUUUACCAAUUGCAACCGUCUGACUACUGGAUAGAUUUACAUCAAAGAAAUGACAUAGAUAUUUGGUGCACUGCUGUGUUUAGAGUAAGGAAAUGUAUACCCACACUGGAAGGUUCAAAGUCUUGUCGAGUAUACAUAGAUGAAAAUGCUAGAGUUUAUCAUGAUUGGGAAUCAUUUCUCACCAACAAUACUCUGCCUAAAUGUGUUAUCAUUGUGCCUGAAAAUGGGGAGUAUAGUGGAAGUAUUAUUGAGGGUGAAGAAGCGUUUGCCGUUAAGCUGACAGUGGCGCCAUCGCCGACACUAGGUUUAAAGGCGCGCGUGUUGAGUUCUGUCGAUACUGCAAGUACUUUGGCGUCUAUUAGCGCUAUUGGUGUUCUUGGUGUGGCAGCGUUCACACCAGUGGGUCCGGCGGUUUUAGCUGGGGCGGCGGUGGCCACAGUGGCCACAGGAUUGUAUGGCCUUGUAAGGUCAUCCCUUCAUUUACAUGAUAGAAGUGUACAUGAACAGUCUAUUAGCCCAACUGAUGCUGAAGCAAGAGGUAGUUGGUUGAAUAUCGCAGCGUCCAGUGUCGGAUUGGCGGCGGGAGCUGCGAGCAACUUGCUGUCUCGUUCUGCCGCCGCAGGCACCAAUUUGACAAAGACUGGUCAAGCUCUGGCUGUGUCGGUAGAAGUGCUUCGUCACGCCAACAUUGUGACGGGUGGCGCUGGCGUCGUGAACAGUCUUCUACACAUCAUUCUCAAGUACCGUGACCACGGCGAGAAGCCAACCAAACUCGAACUGUUCCAAUUCACUGCGGCUACGCUUUUCUUCUGCCACGCCGUCAUGUCCAAUCGUACGGCCCAGUCCAUCAUAGAGGAUGCUCAAGCAAAAACUAUCAACGAGUAUAGAUCCAAUUUGAGAAGCAACAGACAUAGAAAAAUAUUUGACAAACUCAGCGCCGAGUCGAGAAGAGUACAAGGCGCCAUUCAAGGCAACACCGAAGUAAUUAAAGGCAUCAAAAGCAUAAUAGACAAAGACCAAUACUUCGCCGACGUGCUGAGAAUAAACAAAGACGUGAACCAACACAAGUUGAGGAUUUCCAUGACAUCUGACGGGCACGUGAAUUUAAACGCUCAGCACAAAUUUAACCCUGCCCUGCUGUCAAGUAUGAGUAAAGAUGGGAGAACAGAACUCUUCACUAACAUAGGAGCAGCUUCUGUUGUUACUCCGAAUGUUCCUACUCGGAUAACACCUUCUAAUACAGCAGUCGGAGGGUACAUUGAAAAGGAAGAAGAUAACGGCAUUUUAGUGGGAAUCCAUCCUGGGGAAAUAUUGCGUAUAGGCUCUUUCCUAGUAAGAGUUAGCGCUACUGGAGCAGAAAACGUCGCUUUGAUGCUAGAAAACCUAAGUCAAGACGUUUAUGCGAAUCUGAUGACUGUCUCCUUCAAUGUUCUGUCCAGACUGGUCCCAGAAGAAAUAGGAAGGCUACGGUUGCUCAGUCCAGACGAAGAUCUCAUUGUGCAAAUUGUGAAAUUUGUUUUCAACUAUAUGAAACACGAGAGGCCGCUUGGUGACCCCUCAAGGGAGGAUGAUAAUAGUAUCGUUAUUGUGCUGAAGGAGUUCUUCCAAGAUGGCGUCAUCAGACAAGAGACGAUACUCCAUUUGAAGGAUCGCCUCGUCGGAUGGGUUGACGAGGAAAUUGAUAAGAGAAGGCACCAGUACCCUAAUAAGAAAAUGCUUAUAUGUGAAAUUUGCACCGGUGUCAGAUAUGCUUAAAGUAAAAUCUCACCAAAAAAAAUUUAGUAGUAGGUAGGGUUUGAUUUAAACAUUACUAUCCAAGUUGAUGUUGGGAUACAAAAUGUAUCCUGUAUAUAAGGUUUCCUAUUCAAAAGCUUCAAUUAAUUUUGAGAAGAGUUUGGCUUAAAGGCGGCAACAGUUACGCACAUAAAAACUUAAUUUUAUUCAUAUUUUUAAUAAAAGUUAACCAUAGCUGGCUCUAAUGGUACUUAUUUUAAAACCUACGAUAUUUAAUUACUAUAAAAAUUUGGGUUUUAUAAAGAACUAUGUACUUAUAAAGAAAAAAUUGUUACUAUACAGGAACAAUUCCGUUGGGCCCAGGCGUCAGGACGCUUACAAGAAUUCGUCUUAAGUGACUUAGGCCUGUAUUAUAGAAAGAUUCUCAGUGAUUGAUCUAAUCUUGAGCAUAUUUAGAGAGGGAUGUCGCUAUACAAAGGACAUAGCGGCAUCCCUUUCUAACUGUACUCAAGUAAAGAUCUGCACUUAGUUGUCAUUAUGUAAUAUAUCCUUAAAGUGAUACAAUAUGAUUUUGAUCUUUAUUACAAAUCUUAGAUAAUUUAAUUUCAUUAUAUUAUAAUUUACACUCAUUAUCUCUCAUCAUACAUUUUAGGGCUACCUGAAUAAAAAUAAAUAAAUAAAAAAAUAUCGAUUUCAUUUGAAUUCAGAUUGAUCGUUUGCAUAAAAAAUAUGUACCUAGAUAUAUCCGAUAUAUAAUAUAUCGGAUAUUUAUUUUAAAUGUCGGAUGUUUUGUAACCCUGCAAAGAAUGAAAGUUGGAUUGACCAACGAUGCUGGUUACCAAACGAGCUUAGCACAAAGGAAACAUUCACAAUUAUAUAUAAAUGAGAUAGUAUAAUAUGUAGUUCCUUUAUUCUUAUGUCAAUAUUAUAUCCAUAUUAUAUUAAGUAUUAAGCACAAUUUUAUAAUUUUUGAUAAUAUAUACAUACUAUUUCGCAUUAUUAAUACAAAGAUAAUAUUUGUGUAUAUACAUUUUUACUAUUUUAAUAAUAAGCAUUCUACUAACACUACAUCAAAACAUAUCAAAAGUGGCCGAUUUUAUAAUGAUAUUUAGUAAAAUAUGGAAUAAGUAUGCCUAUAAUCAUCAUAAAUAUGGGUUGAUCUCAGGUUGUCUAGGUCGCAGUGUGACUAAACCCCAUUAAUGAGUAUAUUGCAAAAUGACUACAUAUCAUUUUCGUCUAGAUCUUUAAUUGACUAUAUCGCAUAAUGACUACAUCGCAAAAUUAAUAUAUCUUUAUUUGGUCACAUAAAAUGAAGACUAGACUCAUAAUGACUAGGUUGCAAAAUUACUAGAUAGCUUAUUAGUCGAGUUUGUGUUUUGUUACAUAAAUGUGCAGUCAAAUGAAACACACUACACAAUGACGGAUAAUAACACAUAUGAAUUACAUUUAGGUAUGCAACUUAAAACUUAAAAAUAUCAUUUCGGAACUAAAUGUUUUCUUAUCUAUUUAAAUUUAAACUAAUAUUCUUUUAAUUUUAUACAUGACCAAUUUAUUACAAUUCUACAAAUAAUAAUACCGAGCUUCUGUUCUUCGUCUAAACAUGAACUUUAUCCCCCUUAUUAAUAAAUGAAGACUACGCUUGGAUUAGUUAAUCCAUGUUUUGUCUCUGUCUAUUGAAUGACAAAUGGCAUAUGAGUGACAUGAACAAAACACGGCGUAACUAGUCUAAGCUUAUUCCUUGUUUAUUAAUAAGGGGGUAUCAGUCUUCCUUUGCUGUAGCCGAACACCAAUGAGCCAGUGCCCUGCCUCUAGAGUUUUAUUAGUUGUAUGCCUUUUUGAACAGCAGGAAAUCAUAGACGGGUUUUUUAACCACUACCAUAUAUUAUUUUAUGAAUAUUUUCUAAAUUCCUGAAAGACUUGUUUAACUAUUUAUCAAGCCCUCUGUCCUUAAAUAAUAUUUUGUCACUAUAUUGAAGAUUUUCCAAAGUCUUAUGUCUCAUUCACUCUACGUUUUUUUUAAAUAUUAUGUAAAUAAACCUUGUCCUGAUGGUAUAACACAAAAAAAUAAGAAUUAUCCAAUUUGAUGCAGUUGUUCGGAAAUUAUGCGCGUUCAUACAUUUCGGCAAUUCAUUUUUAUUAAUUGAGAUUUUACACAACUGUAUUGGUAUAUCUAGUCGAUCAACACAACUUGUCAUUUUGCGACCUAGUCAUUAUGAGAUGUUGUCAAAUAAAGAUCUAGUCAUUUUGCGAUCUAGUGAUUAUUUGAUGUGGUCAAAUAAAGAUCUAGUCAAUAAGCGAUGUUUUCGAUUUAAGAUAUAGGCAAAAUGAUAUAUACAGUCAUUUUGCGAUGUAGUCAUUAAUGGGGGUUAGUCACACUGCGACAACCUGAGAUCAAUCCAUAAAUAUAAUAAUAAGAAAAGCCUAAUGGUAAAAAAAUCUUCAAUAAAUGCCUUUAAUAUACAUACUACUUGAUGUUUAAAAAUAUAAUCCUGCUUCUGUCGCAUUCGGCCAAAAAACUAAACUAUAACGGUAGAACUACCAAAAAACUAGGCAGGCACUGUUUUAAACAGUGUUAAGGCAAAUUCUGUAUGAUUGUUUUUUGUCAUUAACUCAAGUUGAACUCAUGCAUGACUAACUUUUUUGUGAUUUUGUAUGGUAUAGGUAUCAAUAUCAUUAUUUAUCAAUUCUUGUUGUAUAUCUUAGUAUUUAGUUUAGGGAUAUUUCCUUCCUAAAAAGGAGGAAACCCUCCAAUGGUCUGUGAUUGUAAGUGAUUAUUCUUUGUUAAAUUAAAUAAUCAUAGAAAGUAGUCUGUCUCAAAGCCAUUUGAAAUAAAAUACUUAUUCGUUAUUAUAAAUAAAAACCACUGUCUAUUACUUUACUUCAACGACGCACAACUAAGUAAGCCAUGAAUUGACUGUUUUGCAGAUACAAUUACGACAUAAAAGUAUUUCUAUUUAAGAUAUCUAACAAUGAAUCAUUUUGUAAUAUUUAUAAAAUUUGCGAGUCGAUCCAUAAAUGAAACAAAUAAUGUUGAAAUAAAAUAUUUCAGUAUGAUUUUGGACCGUUUAAACAUACAUAAUCAAGGGAAUAACUACAGUGGAAAUGAAAACCCUUUAAUAAAUAUUAGGAGAAGCAUAUAU